CUGUACCUAGGCUAAUCAUUCAUCGACCAUGGCCAACGUCGCGGAGAAGGCUCGUUUCCACCUCGAGCGAGCGGUCCCACAGCUGCGCGAGUUCGAGGAGAAGGAGAUCUUCUCGAAGGAAGAAAUACGCACGAUAGUCUCUAAACGCACGGCCCAUGAGCAUCUCGUCCUCGGUCCCCGCUGCAACCCCUCCCACUUCCAAGACUACGCCGCCUGGGAGCUCUCCCUGGACCGCCUCCGACAGAAACGCUGUGUCCGCAAGAAGAUCAAGCACUCUACAUCCCACGCCUCCAACGCCCGCGUCUUCAAUAUCUACGAGCGUGGCGUGUUCCGGCAUCCGGGCUCCCUCGCCCUAUGGAAAGAAUACCUUGACUACGCUGCCCGUGUGAAAGCUACAAAGAGGUGGCGCAAGAUCGUCACGCGUGCCCUGAGGUUACACCCCAUGGAUGUGAGCCUGUGGAUUAUGGCAGGACGGAGAGCUGCCGCGGAUGGGGAUGUCGACGGCGCGCGGGGGCUGUUCAUGAGGGGCUGUCGGUUCUGUACUGCGGGAGAAGAGCUGUGGGUGGAGUAUGCGAGAGUAGAGAUGGAGUGGCUGGCCAGGAUGGACAAAAAGAGCAAGGGAGCCGGCAAGAAGGGACAUGAGGGCUCGAUGGCCGCGCACGCAGUACAAGAGGGGGAUGUAAUGAUGUUUGAUGAGGAUG